AUGCUAACCCACCUGUGGAGACCCACACCUGAUCCUCCAAAAAGCGUCUCAGUGUCCAUCAGUCCCUCGGAUGAGAUAGUGGAGGGCGGUGUAGUGACUCUGACGUGCAGCAGCAAUGCUAACCCACCUGUGGAGACCUACACCUGGUAUUUGGGCGAAUCCUAUAAAGGAACAGAAAAAACCCACACCAUUAUGAAGAUCAGCUCUGAGGACAGCGGAGACUACAAGUGCAAGUCCAGCAACCGAUAUGGCGAGAAGUACUCCGAUAAAGUGACUGUAAAUGUCUUGUACGCCCCUAAAAGCGUCUUGGUGUCCAUCAGUCCCUCGGGUGAGGUAGUGGAGGGCGGUGUAGUGACUCUGACCUGCCGCAGCGAUGCUAACCCACCUGUGGAGACCCACACCUGGUAUAAAGACACCUUCUUCGUAGGAACAGGAACAACCUACACCAUCAACAGGGUCAGCUCUGAGGACAGCGGCGAAUACAAGUGCAAGUCCAGCAACCGAUACGGAGAGAAAUACUCAGACGGAUCAACUUUAAAUGUUUUGUAUCCUCCAAAAAGCGUCUCAGUGUCCAUCAGUCCCUCGGAUGAGAUAGUGGAGGGCGGUGUAGUGACUCUGACGUGCAGCAGCAAUGCUAACCCACCUGUGGAGACCUACACCUGGUAUUUGGGCGAAUCCUAUAAAGGAACAGAAAAAACCCACACCAUUAUGAAGAUCAGCUCUGAGGACAGCGGAGACUAUAAGUGCAAGUCCAGCAACCGAUACGGCGAGAAGUACUCCGAUAAAGUGACUGUAAAUGUCUUGUAUGCCCCUAAGAAUGUCUCAGUGUCCAUCAGACCCUCUGGUGAGAUAGUGGAGGGCAGUGUAGUGACUCUGAGCUGCAGCAGUGAUGCUAACCCACCUGUCGAGACCUACACCUGGUAUAAGGUGAAUGAAAGCUCACCUGUAGGAUCUGGACAGAGUUACAGCUUCACGUUGAGCUCCAGGAGCAGUGGAUGGUUUUACUGCGUGGCUCAUAAUAAAUUCGGGAGUCAGAGCGCCGCUGCAGUGCCGGUCACUUCAAACGGGUGUCCAUCUUUGCACCUGUUCACGGUUUUGUGUGUCGCUGUUGGCGUCGGUUGCUGCGCCAUCGGGGCUGUCGUAGCCGGACUUUUCUGCAUGAGGAGACAGAGGAAGCAGAACGUCACGGUUAAACAUGACUACGUGAAUGACGGCGUUCACGUGGUACACGGCCCAUAUAUCACUCUCGACCCCACGACCAGGUCCUCCAAUGACCUGUACAGCACACUCACAACAAUAAGUUGUUUGCUGUCACUGAGUCACUGUUUUGGUGAGAUCACACCCUUUCAUCGCACCACGUACACUUUAUACAAUAACUUUCAGAUUCGUGUUUCACACGGGGCCGAACGAGGUCACCGCACAGGUCAGGUCUGGCACGUGCUCAUAUCAUAUCGUAUCAUUCUUUAUCUAACAAGCUGUUUAUUGUGUGCAGAUUAUCGAGAAGAAAUGAAAACCUCUCGGUUGUUGUGUGUAGACUUGGCCGUGAUGGUGUCGUUCCGGUCCGUUCGUCCUGCUUCUCUUCUCUUUCUGCUCGUAAUGACGGUUGUUGAAUCUCAGGAAAAUGUGGACGUGCGUUACACAUUGCACUCCGUCUGUGCUCUAAGGGGAUCCACAGUGACUAUGGGCUGCUCUCACAGAUAUCAUUUCUUUGCCAUCUCUAAGAGCGUUUUCUGGAGCAAGGAAGAGUCGGUGGUAGCUGUGUUGAACGAGUCUUCUGAUCUGGCUUUAGACCCCGAGUACAGAGACAGGGUUCGGUACGGCAGAGACACUCCGCGAGACUGCUCCCUUACACUGAGCAAUGUGACAGAACACGACCAAGGGAAGUAUUACGCAACGAUUAUAAUGACAUCUGAGCGAAGAGUACAAGGUAGAGGUGGAGUCAGCCUUUCUGUCAUGGAGCUUCAGGUGGAGAUGGUUCCUGAGAGUGUGGUUGAAGGAGGUGAAGUCACUCUGAUGUGUAAAUCCACCUGCAGACUGACCAACGCUCCGGUUUUCAUCUGGUACAAAAAUGGACGUUAUUUAUACUCCUUCUACGGGUCUGACCCGCUUCAUCUGCCAUGGGUCAGUCAGGCGGAUGCAGGAAGCUAUAGCUGUGCUGUACAGGGACAAAGUUAUCGCUCCCCUGCUGUCACGCUUAAUGUCCACUCUGUAGAUCCUCCAAAAAGCGUCUCGGUGUCCGUCAGACCCUCGGGUGAGAUAGUGGAGGGCGGUCCAGUGACUCUGACCUGCAGCAGUGACGCUAACCCAGCUGUGGAGGACUACGCCUGGUAUAAAGGAACGACUUUAUUAAGAACAGGAAACAAUUAUUUUAUCGGCAGGAUCAGCUCUGAGGACAGCGGAGAAUACAAGUGCAAGGCCAGAAAUCAAUAUGGAGAGAAAUACUCUGAUGGAGCAGUCUUAAAUGUUUUGUAUCCUCCAAAGACAGUCUCAGUGUCCGUCAGACCCUCAGGUGAGAUAAUGAAGGGUGGUCCAGUGACUCUGACCUGCAACAGUGAUGCUAACCCAGCUGUGGAGGACUACGCCUGGUAUAAAGGAACGACUUUUAUAGGAACAGGAAAACAAUACUUCAUUAGACGGACCAGCUCUGAGGACAGCGGCGAAUACAAGUGCGAGGCCAGAAAUCGAUACGGAGAGAAGAACUCCGAUGGAGCGACUCUAAUUAUUUUGGAUCCUACAACAAGGGUCUUCGUGUCCAUCAGUCCGCCUGGUGAGAUAGUGGAGGGCGGUUCGGUGACUCUGACCUGCAGCAGUGAUGCUAACCCACCUGUGGAGUAUACCUGGUUUAAAGGAGCCAUUUUUAUGAGAACAGGAAAAACCUACACUAUUAGCAAGAUCAGCUCUGAGGACAGCGGAGAGUACAUGUGCAAGUCCAGCAACCGAUACAGAGAGAAAUACUCCGAUAAAGUGACUCUACAGGUUUGGUACGCCCCUAAAAGUGUCUCAGUGUCCAUCAGCUCCUCUGGUGAGAUAGUGGAGGGCAGUGUAGUGACUCUGACCUGCAGCAGCGAUGCUAACCCACCUGUCAAGACCUACACCUGGUAUAAGGUGAAUGAAAGCUCACCUGUAGGAUCUGGACAGAGUUACAGCUUCAUGUUGAGCUCCAGGAGCAGUGGAUGGUUUUACUGCGUGGCUCAGAAUAAGUUCGGGAGUCAGAGCGCCGCUGCAGUGCUUCUCACUUCAGACGUGUCUUUGUUUUCAGGGCACAGUUUCAGUUACACGGCUGUGUGCAUAGCUGUUGGAGUCGGCCUCUGUGGGGUCGGAGUUUUAACAGCUGGACUCUUCUGCAUUAGGAGGACGAUGCAGAAGCGAAACGCGGCUAGACGUCAGGAUGGUGGCACUCCUGCUGAAGAUGUGCUCUACACGUCUCUUGAACCCAUGACCAGGACGCCCAAUGAUGUGUACAGCACGCUUGCAACGGGUCCACACCCCAGACCUCCUGAGGACACGUAUACAGCUCUGGAACCUCAGACCAUCUCUCCUGAUUACAACACGUUAACAGCUGCGAGAAAGCAUCAUUGAGAUAAUCAGCAGCAAGGAGAGAGAGAGAGAGAGAGAGAAUAUACUACACUUGAAUAGUGAAGUAUACUCUCAGAGGGCAGAUAGCGCCUUCCUCUGGUUAAAAUGAAGUGUUACCAAAGCAACAUACUGUACUUAUGUUUUUAUUUAUUUUUUUAAUUCCAUACAUCAGUGUUAUUGCUCUCAUGUCUUUCAGUUCUGAGUUUACUCCACUUGCUUUUGUUUUUGUUUUGAUCUCCGCCCAUCAUAACCCUUUGGCUGAUUACACUAAUGUGUUCACCUGUUCUGUGUCACACUUAUAGGCUUACAGUAUACUGCUUUCUGUCCCGAGUUCCCUUUGUUUGCGAGUCUACUCUCUGUGUUCCUUGUUCCUUGCUUUUGACCUGCCUGUGUUUCGAUCCCACCAAUGAUUAUUGGAUUUGUCCGAAUAAAGAAAACGCUGAGUUUAUGCACCUGUGCCCUGCCUUCAGUCGGGGGACGGACGGACGACAAGCCCUCUCAGCUGCCUAGCCUGAACAGAUCUGCCUCUUUCCUAAUCCACAGAUUCCACAGAGAACCACACAACAGAGCACCAAGCUAAUGCUGCACUCUCACUUCUUUACAUGCAAAUCACCCUUCUCGGUACUGACGUCUCAAAUCUGUUUACCACUGAACUGCAGGCUGUCCCAUGUCGCACAGGGUUGGAGAACAUUUGCAAGAGGAACUUGAACGUCCCUCCAUGUAAAGCACUUACGCAUUUAAAUUUUCAUGAUUGUACACGUAAACUGCCUUUAGGAAUUCAGGCCAGAGCUUUUAGUAGGAUUGCAAAACAC